UAUGGUCAUUUAAUAACGAAAGAAAUGCAAUCAUGGCGGAUGCUGCGGCUCGUCAAUUGCAAUACGAAUAUAAAGCGAAUUCUAAUCUUGUUUUACAAGCUGACGUCCGGUUGAUAGAGAGACGCAGCAGAGAUGAAGCCACCGGCGAAGUUAUGUCCCUCGUUGGGAAGUUGGAUGGUACACGUAUGGGCGAUAGAGCUCAACGUACCAAGCCAGGAAAGGCGGAAGAACGAAAAGUGAAACGUCAAAAACGAGACGAAGCGCAGUAUGACUUCACACGUAUGAAAGGUGCAACAUUACUGUCUGAAGGUGUUGAUGAAAUGGUUGGUAUUGUAUAUCGUCCAAAAACACAAGAGACACGUCAGACUUAUGAGGUAUUGCUCAGUUUCAUACAAGAAGCUCUGGGUGACCAGCCACGUGAUAUCCUUUGUGGGGCGGCUGAUGAAGUAUUGGCUGUGUUGAAAAAUGACCGUCUUAAAGAAAAAGAGAAGAAAAAAGAGACAGAACUCUUGUUGGGUUUGUUAGCAGAAGAGAGAUUUGCUCUGCUUGUAAAUCUAGGGAAAAAGAUUACAGACUUUGGCAGUGAUGAAAAAAGUACAGCGAACGAUGAGAAUAUUGAUGAAACAUAUGGGAUUAAUGUACAAUUUGAAGAAAGUAGUGAAGAGGACGACGAAGAUGUGUAUGGAGAAGUCCGAGAGAACGACGACGAAGGAGAUGAAGGUGAGGAGGCUAAUGAUGACAGAGCUAUUCAUGCGGAAAAUUUGGGUGGAACAGAAGAGAUGAAGAAAGAAAAACCACUACAUCCUCUAGACAUUGACGCAUACUGGUUGCAAAGAAGAUUAAGCAGGAUAUACGACGAUGCGAUGGUUUCACAAGCGAGAGCUGCCGAGGUGUUGGCAGUUUUAAAGGAUGCUGGCGAUGAUCGCGAUUGUGAAAACCAACUUGUGUUGCUGUUGGGCUAUGAUUGCUUUGACUUCAUUAAACAACUCAAGAAAUAUAGGCACACAGUUGCUUACUGUACGAUGCUGGCGUCGUCGCAGUCCGAAUCAGAAAGACAAAAGAUCCGUAACAAGAUGAACGACGACCCAAUGUUGGCGAAGAUCCUGCGUCAAUUAGAUACGGGUAAGGGCGAAGAUGACGUCGAUGAAACUAUGGAAGCAAGAUCGCAACGUAAGAGGAGAGAAGAGAACGAGGAUACGGGCGGACCUGGUGGUCAAGUUCAAGGCACGAGAAACUUGAUAGACUUGGAAGAUCUGAUCUUCGCGCAGGGGAGUCACUUCAUGGCGAACAAACGAUGUCAGCUGCCAGACGGGAGUUUCCGCAAACAGCGAAAAGGAUAUGAGGAAGUUCACGUACCCGCUCUGAAGCCGAAACCUUUCGCGGAGAAUGAAAAGCUGCAUCCGAUCGAUCAGUUGCCGAAAUACGUGCAACCAGCAUUCGAAGGUUUCAAAACGUUGAAUCGCAUACAGAGUCGUCUGUAUCAAACAGCUUUGGAGAGCGACGAGAACUUGUUACUGUGCGCGCCAACGGGAGCCGGCAAGACCAAUGUAGCUCUGCUGUGCAUGAUGCGAGAGAUCGGCAAGCACAUAAACGCCGACGGUACGAUCAAUGCCGACGAGUUCAAAGUGAUCUACGUUGCACCGAUGCGUUCGCUGGUGCAAGAGAUGGUCGGCAAUUUCCGGAAGCGUUUGUCGACCUACAAUCUCACUGUCUCCGAGUUAACAGGAGAUCACCAAUUAACGCGAGAGCAGAUCGCCGCUACCCAGGUGAUAGUGUGCACUCCGGAAAAGUGGGAUAUCAUAACCAGAAAAGGCGGUGAGAAAACCUUUACAUCGUUAGUGCGGCUGAUCAUUAUCGACGAGAUUCACUUGCUCCACGACGAAAGAGGGCCUGUUCUCGAAGCAUUGGUCGCGAGAACGAUUCGCAACAUCGAGACCACGCAAGAAGACGUGCGACUCGUCGGCCUGUCGGCCACGUUGCCCAAUUAUCAGGAUGUCGCGGCGUUCUUGCGUAUUAAACCGGAAACCGGAUUGUUCUACUUCGACAAUAGUUUCCGACCGGUGGCAUUAGAGCAACAGUACAUCGGUGUUACCGAGAAGAAGGCGCUCAAACGUUUCCAGGUGAUGAACGAAAUCGUCUACGAAAAAACUAUGGAGCACGCGGGUCGUAAUCAGGUUCUGAUAUUCGUGCAUUCACGUAAAGAGACCGGCAAAACGGCGCGCGCCAUUAGAGACAUGUGUUUGGAGAAGGACACGUUGGGUCAGUUUCUUCGGGAGGGUUCCGCGUCGAUGGAAGUGUUGCGAACAGAAGCGGAGCAAGUGAAGAAUCAAGAGCUUAAGGACCUGUUGCCGUACGGCUUCGCGAUUCAUCACGCUGGCAUGACUCGCGUCGAUCGUACUUUAGUGGAGGAUCUCUUCGCCGACAGGCAUAUACAGGUGCUUGUAUCUACGGCAACCUUGGCCUGGGGUGUUAACCUGCCGGCACACACGGUCAUCAUCAAAGGCACGCAAGUGUACAACCCGGAGAAAGGCAGAUGGGUGGAGCUGGGCGCGUUAGACGUGCUGCAGAUGUUGGGUCGUGCGGGUCGACCGCAGUACGACACGAAGGGUGAAGGUAUCCUUAUCACCAAUCACAGCGAGCUGCAGUAUUACUUAUCAUUGUUGAAUCAGCAACUACCGAUCGAAUCUCAGCUGAUCAGCAAGAUGUCCGACAUGCUGAACGCGGAGGUGGUGUUGGGUACGAUUCAGAACAUCCGGGAUGCGGUUACUUGGAUCGGCUACACUUACCUCUACAUCCGGAUGCUGCGUUGCCCGAAUUUGUACGGGAUCAGUCACGACAAGCUGAAGCAGGAUUCGUUGUUGGAGCUACACCGGGCUGACCUCAUUCAUUCAGCGGCCGUCGGGUUGGAUCGCAGCGGCCUGAUCAAGUAUGACCGCAAAUCCGGCAAUUUCCAAGCGACCGAAUUAGGCAGAAUAGCGUCUCACUAUUACUGCACACAUGAGACCAUGGCGACAUACAAUCAGUUGCUAAAACGCACGUUGAGCGAGAUCGAGCUGUUCCGCGUGUUCUCGCUAUCCGGCGAGUUCAAGAACAUAAACGUGCGCGAGGAGGAGAAGCUGGAACUGCAGAAGCUGAUGGAACGGGUGCCGAUCCCAGUGAAGGAGAGUAUUGAAGAGCCGAGCGCGAAGGUAAACGUGCUCCUACAGGCGUACAUCUCGCAGUUGAAGCUCGAGGGCUUCGCUCUCAUGUCAGACAUGGUGUUCGUCACGCAGUCCGCUUCGCGUCUCAUGAGAGCCAUCUUCGAGAUAGUGCUGUUCCGUGGCUGGGCGCAGUUGGCCGAUAAGUGCCUGUCCCUGUGCAAGAUGAUCGAUCGACGAAUGUGGCAGUCGAUGUCGCCGUUGCGACAAUUUCGCAAGAUGCCGGAGGAGAUCGUGAAGAAGAUCGAGAAAAAGAAUUUCCCGUGGGAGCGACUGUACGAUCUCGGGCCUAACGAGAUCGGCGAGCUGAUACGUGUGCCGAAGCUCGGCAAGACCAUAUACAAAUACGUCCAUCAGUUUCCCAAGUUGGGUUUAUCCACACACAUACAACCGAUCACACGUUCUACCCUGCGUGUCGUCCUAACCAUUUCUCCGGACUUUCAAUGGGAUGAAAAGGUGCACGGCAUGUCGGAGGCGUUUUGGAUAUUGGUGGAAGACGUGGACUCGGAGGUGAUACUGCAUCACGAGUAUUUUCUGCUGAAAGCCAAGUAUGCGGUUGACGAGCAUGUAAUUAAAUUUUUCGUGCCGGUGUUCGAGCCAUUGCCGCCGCAAUACUUCCUGCGCGUCGUGUCCGACCGAUGGAUUGGCGCCGAAACACAGUUACCUGUGAGCUUCCGGCACCUGAUACUGCCGGAGAAGAAUCUACCGCCCACGGAGCUGCUGGAUCUGCAACCGUUGCCAAUCACAGCGCUGCGAAACGCCAAGUUUGAAAACAUCUACGCGGACCGCUUUCCUCAGUUCAACCCGAUUCAGACGCAGGUGUUCAACGCGGUCUACAACUCCGACGACAAUGUCUUCGUCGGCGCACCCACCGGCUCCGGCAAGACCACCAUCGCGGAGUUCGCGGUGCUGCGUUUAUUGACACAGAAUUCGGAUGGCAGGUGCGUCUACAUGGUCAGCAAAGAGGCCUUGGCGGAGCUGGUGUACGCCGACUGGGCGAUGAAAUUUAACCAACAGCUGGGACGCAAGGUCGUUCUUCUCACCGGUGAAACUGGCACGGAUCUGAAGCUGCUGGCCAAGGGACAGAUUAUUAUCACUACGGCAGACAAGUGGGACGUGCUGUCGCGUCGAUGGAAGCAACGAAAGAACGUGCAGAACAUUCAACUGUUCAUCGUUGACGAACUCCAACUGAUCGGCGGCGAGGAGGGUCCGGUACUCGAAGUGGCGUGCUCACGAGCGCGUUACAUCUCCUCGCAAUUGGAAAAGCCCACCCGGAUUAUAGCUCUGUCGGCUUCGCUGGCCGAUGCUAAGGACGCUGCGCAAUGGUUAGGCGCGCCAGCUGCGGCCACCUUCAACUUUCAUCCGUCUGUACGGCCGGUGCCGCUAGAGUUGCACGUGCAGGGUAUAAACGUGACGCACAACGCGUCACGAUUGGCCGCCAUGGCAAAGCCGGUAUACAAUGCGAUAUUGCGCCACGCGUCGCAUAAACCGGUGAUCGUGUUCGUACCCACUCGUCGGCAAGCGAGAUUAACGGCUAUCGACCUACUGACAUUUACAGCGGCGGAAGGUCAACCGUCGCGGUUCUUCCACGCGGAAGAAGCCGACAUAAAGCCGUUCCUCGAUCGUAUGGUCGACAAGACGUUGAAGGAGACCUUGUCACAAGGCGUCGCUUACCUUCACGAAGGUUUGUCGGCCGACGACCGUCGUCUAGUCGAGCAAUUGUUUGACAGUGGCGCCAUUCAAGUGGCAGUUGCCACAAGGGACCUUUGCUGGGGUCUGUCUAUUAGCUCACAUCUUGUUGUGGUGAUGGACACACAGUGCUACAAUGGCAAAACUCACGCUUAUGAGGACUACCCGAUCACGGACGUGUUGCAGAUGGUGGCGCGUGCCAAUCGCCCGCUGGAGGACGACGACGCCAAAUGCGUGCUCCUGUGUCAGAGUUCGAAGAAAGACUUCUUCAAGAAGUUCCUGAACGAACCGUUGCCGGUAGAGAGUCAUUUGGAUCGCAGACUGCACGACCACUUCAAUGCGGAGAUCGUGACCAAGACGAUCGAAAAUAAGCAAGACGCAGUUGACUAUCUCACAUGGACCUUCUUGUAUCGACGACUCACACAAAAUCCCAAUUAUUACGGCCUACAAGGCGUCACACAUCGUCACCUGUCGGACCACCUGUCCGAAUUGGUCGAGAGCACGUUAGCCGACUUGGAGCAAGCCAAGUGCGUUGCUGUGGAAGACGAGAUGGAUACAUUACCUCUCAAUCUCGGUAUGAUCGCCGCUUAUUACUACAUCAAUUACGCUACCAUCGAGCUGUUCAGUCUGUCACUGAACAAUAAGACGAAGAUCCGAGGCUUGUUGGAGAUUAUUUCUGCAGCAGCGGAAUACGAGAGCGUGCCAGUGCGACAAAGAGAAGAGAAUCUGCUGAGGAGUCUGGCGGCGCGACUGCCGCACGCACCGCAAGUUGCCAGGAUGGCUGAUCCUCAUGUAAAGGCACAGCUCCUGCUUCAAGCGCACCUGUCUAGAAUACAACUUGGUCCAGAGCUGCAGAAAGACACCGAAUUGGUGUUGGGUAAAGCUGUAAGGCUGAUUCAAGCGUGCGUGGACGUGUUAAGCUCCUCCGGAUGGUUGGCACCCGCCGUCGCUGCUAUGGAAUUGGCACAAAUGGUGACGCAAGCCAUGUGGUCCAAGGACUCAUAUCUGAAGCAACUUCCGCACUUUAACGCGGACACCAUCAAACGCUGCACCGACAAGGGUGUGGAGACCGUAUUCGACGUAAUGGAACUCGAAGAUGACGACCGUAAUCGGCUGCUGCAAUUAUCCGACGUACAAAUGGCGGACGUGGCCAAGUUUUGCAACCGUUAUCCUAACAUUGAGAUGUCAUACGAAGUACAGGAUAAGGAAAAGCUGCACAGCGGCGGAACCGUCAACGUAAUCGUGCAGUUGGAACGUGAAGACGAAGUCACCGGGCCGGUAGUCGCGCCCUUCUUCCCUCAAAAACGAGAGGAGGGUUGGUGGGUGGUAAUAGGCGAUCCAAAGAGCAAUUCUCUGUUAUCUAUCAAGCGAUUGACGUUGCAACAGAAAGCCAAGAUCAAGCUCGAUUUCGUCGCACCUGCACCCGGCCAACAUUCCUACACGUUGUACUUUAUGAGUGACGCUUAUCUUGGCUGCGAUCAGGAAUAUAAGUUCAGCAUCAACGUCGGCGAGUACGAAUCAGACGCUAGCUCCGGUUCUGAUUCUGAUUAAAUCUUAAUAUUUAAAGACUUGAUACGUCCUUCCUUUUUCCUCCUCUUGAAAGUUUUAUUAUUAUAAGAAAUUCUAAUAUCGGAAUAUACUCAUUCCUUCACAUUUCAUCAGAUUCAGCACAUCCUAUUUCUUGUGUUUGUGUUGUAUUAUUAAGAACAAUCGACAUUGGAGCACAGUCAUCAAGAUUGUAUGUAUCUUAAAAUUCGUUAAGCAGUAGUGAUUUUAUAGACAGCUGAAAUGUCACGGCAAUUAUUGUUAGAUAAUAAAAAAUAAAAUUUAUAUUUAAA